AUGGUCGUCGGGUCCGACGAGAGCUACUUCGCGACGUUCGACGCGGUGCGCGAGGCGUACUUCCCGCGCACGAACGAGUGGAUCGGAGAGUACCCGUUUCUCGACAGGCGCGCGAUGCCGGCGGUGAGCGCGAGGAUAUCGAGGGACGCGGAGGACCGCGCGGCUUUCGCGGAGCGCGAGAGGAGGGAGCGCGCCGCCGGCGCGGGAGGGGGAGGGUACGGACCGGGACCGCCGCCGUGA